GGGCCCGGGCGCGAGGUGGAGUCCCGGCACGCGGCCAGGCUGGUGGAGGCCCCCGGCAGGCUGCAGAUUCCCUCAGGCCCCGGGAGCCGCAGCAGGACCGGCCAGGAGGCGCCACGGAGGGGAGCCCCAUCCCGGUGCUGACAGUGCCCACCGCGCCCUACGAGGACCGGCGGCCGGCUGGCGGCGGGGGUCUGCGGCGACCCACCGGCCUCUUCGAGGGCCAGCGCAACUACCUGCCCAACUUCAUCCAGAGCGUGCUGUCGUCCAUCGACCUGCGCGACCGUCGGGGCUGCACCACGGUGGUGGGCAGCGACGGCAGGUGCUUUAGCAGGACGGCCAUCGAGAUCGUGGUGCUGAUUGCCGCUGGCCAACGGGAUUGGACGACUGAUUAUUGGACAGAAUGGCAUGUUGUCAACACCUGCGGUCUCCUGCAUUAUCAGGAAGAUCAAGGCAGCUGGUGGAAUCAUUCUAACAGCCAGCCACUGCCCUGGAGGACCAGGGGGAGAGUUUGGAGUGAAGUUUAAUGUUGCCAAUGGAGCGGGCUGACGCACGAGGCACACAGGAAGGAGGUGGAGCAGGUGUAUCUGCGCUGUGCGGCGGGUGCCGUGGAGUGGAUGUACCCAACGGGUGCUCUCAUCGUUAACCUGCGGCCCAACACCUUCUCGCCUGCCCGGCACCUGACCGUGUGCAUCAGGCCCUUCACGGACUCCUCGGGGGCCAAUAUUUAUUUGGAAAAAACUGGAGAACUGAGACUGCUGGUACCGGACGGGGACGGCAGGCCCGGCCGGGUGCAGUGUUUUGGCCUGGAGCAGGGCGGCCUGUUCGUGGAGGCCACGCCGCAGCAGGAUAUCAGCCGGAGGACCACAGGCUUCCAGUACGAGCUGAUUAGGAGGCCCAGGGCGUCGGACCUGCACGAGCUGUCUGCGCUGUGCCGUCCCUGCAGUGACACCGAGGUGCUCCUAGCCGUCUGCACCAGCGACUUUGCCGUUCGAGGCUCCAUCCAGCAAGUUACCCACGAGCCUGAGCGGCAGGACUCGGCCAUCCACCUGCGCGUGAGCAGACUCUAUCGGCAGAAAAGCAGGGUCUUUGAGCCGGUGCCCGAGGGUGACGGCCACUGGCAGGGGCGCGUCAGGACGCUGCUGGAGUGUGGCGUGCGGCCGGGGCAUGGCGACUUCCUCUUCACUGGCCACAUGCACUUCGGGGAGGCGCGGCUCGGCUGUGCCCCACGCUUCAAGGACUUCCAGAGGAUGUACAGGGACGCCCAGGAGAGGGGGCUGAACCCUUGUGAGGUUGGCACGGACUGACCCCGGGGGUCCUCGGGCCGCUGCCCUUCCUCUCCUGAUGAGUCACAGGCUGCGGUGGGCGCUGCGGUCCUGGUGGGGCCGUGCGGUGAGGGCCGCGCGCUGGGAGCCGCAUGCCCUGGGCCCAGGCCUGACCCUGGUACCGAAGCUGUGGACGUUCUCGCCACACUCAACCCCAUGAGCUUCCAGCCAAGGAUGCCCUGGCCGAUUGGAAAUGCUGUAAAAUGCAAACUAAGUUAUAUUUUUUUUUUGGUAAAAAAGAAAUGUCCAUAGGAAACAAAUUCCUGUGUCUUAAAACGCCUUGGUGUGCCGUCUGAUACUGUUCUCUAAAGACGUUAGGAGUCACGGCAUCUGGCCUGCGGUUGGGUGAAGCACUGGCUGUUGGGCACAGUGGAUGUGUGAAAAGGUGCCAUUCAGAGUUGUUAUUCUCAUGACGGAAGUUUUGGAGCCAAAUAAUACGUUUUUUAUUUUCAUUUUAUUUUUAAAGAAUGAGCUUUGGUCCUUUUCGGGCCGCUGGUUGUUUCCGUUCCCGAGAAUAAAGACCAGGAUCCGA